AUGCCCGAACUCGAGGAUAUGGACGAGGUGCAGGGCGAAGCCCAUACCAAUAAUACCCCCGGUAAUGACGAGCCGCAAUCAGCGGAGGAGACAAACUUUCCGCCCUGGAUCAAGAUACUUAGCCGGAAACAACAAAGACUUCAAAACCAGGCCUACCGGAAGACUCUAGAAGAAUCUAGACGGAACGACGAGCAACCACCCCCUGGCAAGAUGCUAACGGGCGCGAAAACCCGCCAGACGUCGAAACCGCGGAAGCGACAGCUCCCACCGCUACCGAUUGAGGAUUACAAAGUGGUCGUCCGCCCCUUGGAUGGUCUGAACCUCGGAGCUUGGGGCCCCGAUCAAGUCUACCGAGCCAUCAAGUUGGCGGCGAAGCUCUCUCCUCUCGAGACUGCGGAAAUCAAGACGAGGCUCCGUAAGGACCAGAACUUGGCCGUUGUGAGCACUCCAAGUGUCGACACGUUGGAGCGGCUUUGCAAUAUCUCCUCCAUCGCACUCGGAGAAAAGCAGUUCCGAGUAAAACCUUACGCCGCCAUGCCGGACGACUCCUGUAAGGGGGUCAUCUCGGGUCUCACAUCUCGGCCCUCGUCCGAGUGGCUCACUGAAGAACUCAAUGCACGGAACACCAACUACAUAGUCCUGAACGCUCGAAUGAUGGGUAGUACGACCUCAGCCAUCAUCACUUUUCACGGACUCAGGGUUCCCCGCCUAGUGUAUAUCGAUGGCGGCGAAUUUGAGUGCAGGGUCUACAGACCCAAAAAACAAGUCUGCACUAAGUGCCUAGGACUAGGACACCGAGAGGACGUGUGCCCUCAGCCUGAAAAGCAACGAUGCUCAAAGUGUGGAACUGAAGGCAGUGCCAUGGACUCGCACGAAUGCGAAGCGAAGUGCGUGAAUUGUUGCGGGGCUCACCCGGCUACGGACCCUCGAUGCCCCGCAAGGCAGCGAGCACCGUACAACAAGUCACGCGUUCAGAAGUACCUGCAGCAACAACAACAUGGCCGCCAUCAGCAGGGAAGUCAACGGCCCCAGCACGUGGCUUCACCGCUUCAACCCGGGCAAGCGACCCAGGCUGUACCCCCCGAGGAGCAGUGGCCACGACUACCAACGAGGGGAUGGGCGAACCAAAACCCGUACGCUCUGCUGGCCUCCGAAGCACUCGACAGCAGCCCAACGUCGACGGGCCCUCAAGCCGAGCCCGAUCCCGGUCGAGACGGAGGAUGCAGCAACAACGGUCGGCGCAGGAAGCUGAAACCCGAAAAUCAAGGAGCCCCGGUCCAGAGGCCCCGAAGAUCCAGCGUUAGGACACAACACCACACACACAAACAAAACACUCAGCACACGUUCAUUGAAAGCAAUCCUUGUGCCACCGACACUUCCUUCUUGGACACCUUGAGGCGUGAACUCAGGGCGGAAAUGCAGAGCUAUCGAGAUGAGCUCCGCAUGAUUAGGGAGGAGAUGCAGAGAUCUAGGGAGGAACUUAAAAAAUCUAGACUUGAGCCACUCGGUCUCAGCGAAGAACUUAAACGCGAAGUAGCCAAACAGAUCGCCGAGGCCAGACUUGGUAUUAGCAAGGAACUGGAUCACAUGACCACUACACUCAAAGGGGACAUGCAGACUGGCAUGGACAACGCCCGUAGACAAAUCCUUAAGGAAAAUAGAGCCCAACUCCCUGAGCUGGUUCGAGACAUUCUCUCCGCGAUGCCUCGACACAGAACUUUACUCAGGAACAACACAAUGGAACGGGACAGUAACAGGGUCAGAGCGGCGGACCACCCGAUCCUCCGCAAACGCCCACCCAGUAACAUACGCGUUUGGCAGUGGAACUGCAGGGGCUAUCGGCGCAAGCGCGGGGCGCUCACGCAGUUCCUCGCCACACUCGACGAAAAACCCGAAGUUAUCGCAAUGCAGGAAACCGCGUGUACACCGGCACUCUCGGGAUACGUGACUUGUGCUUCAAAACCGGAACACGAGGGCGUACCUCCGAGGGUAGCCACUCUCGUAGCCAAACAUCUACCGUUCAUUCCACAUCAGUUAGAAAGGGUCACUGGCAUACCAUAUGUCUUUCUCGAGUUGCUCCCGCAGAAAAGCGGACAGAGCAGUCUUUUCGUGCUUAAUUUGUACAGUUCACCAAGGGCGAAAAAAGACACCUUUGACGCGAUCUUUAGAGACGCUAUCGCCUUAACCAAACCGAGCGAGAAUACGCUUCUCAUAGUAGGGGAUCUGAACGCGGCCCACCCGGCAUGGGGAUAUUAUCAAGAGUCGGUGAAAGGACGAAAACUAGCCACGGCCAUAGACAGAAAUCAGCUUACGCUCCUCAACGAGCCGGAUCAGCCCACGAGGGUAGGGAACAGCGCGAGCCGCGACACGUGCCCGGACCUCUCCCUCGCCAGAGCGAGAGGCCCGUGCACGUGGACCAACCUCCAGGAGAGUCUGGGCAGCGAUCAUUUUAUCAUUGAAAUUCAAGUUCCAGUGCAGGCUCAUCGUAGACACAAGAAGGCCCUGCGGUUGGUCAACUGGGACUCGUUCCGCCAGCUCAGGGCUCAGACAAACGCCGAAGAGAUAGAUGAAAACGUACCAUUGGCACAAUGGGUAAGAAAACUCCACGCCGACAUUCAGAGAGUAACCAAGACAGUUCAGACGACGGACAAGGCGCCCGUCGUCGACCCGCAUCUUCUUCAUCUAUGGGAAGCCCGGCGUGGCCUAACUAAAAGAUGGAGAAGACAGAAAUAUAAUCGGAAACUAAAAAUUCGCAUAGCCAAAAUUACCCAAGAAGCCGAGCGUUAUGCAGAGGAGCUCACCCAAUCUAAUUGGCAUAAACUAUGGGACAAACUACAAGGUACCCUAGGAACUAGGCAGACCUGGAGUCUGCUCAAGAGUCUGCUUGACCCCACAAAGACUAGGACCGAAACCAACAAGGCUAUAAUAAAACUUGUUCACCAAACGGCACACAACGGGGAGAACGCCUUGUGGGAGUUCCUAAAGGAACGUUACAUCGCAUCCGGCCCCAGACCAAACUACCGCCCAUAUCCCCACGAAGAAGCAGGCCAUCCGCUGGAUCAGGACAUAUCUGAAUACGAAGUUAGGGGAAUACUCACUGGCCUAACCCGCAAUAGCGCUCCCGGAGAGGACGGAGUCACGUACAGGAUUCUCAGGAAUCUGGACGAUGCCUCCGUUUCGGCCCUCACGUCAUACUUUAACAGGGUAUGGAGUACCGGUGUCCUCCCACCGGAAUGGAAACACGCCGAGAUCACCUUCAUCCCAAAACCUGGGAAGGCUCUCACGCUAGAAAACCUUCGUCCCAUUUCACUAACAUCGUGUAUAGGUAAGCUUCUGGAACACAUAGUUCUCAGACGCCUUCAAUCCCAUCUCGAAGCUAACGGAUUUCUUGGGGACACAAUGUUCGGGUUUCGACAAAAUCUGUCAGCACAGGACGUCCUCCUACAGCUCAAAGAGGACAUCCUAGACUUUCCUGGAAGAACGCAGACGAGAGCGGUACUCGCGUUGGACCUUAGAGGAGCUUUUGACAACGUGUCUCACGACGCCAUUCUCGAGGGCUUGACCAGAGCACACUGCGGCAAAAGAACUUACGACUAUGUCCGUGCGUUUCUGACGGACAGGACCGCUACUCUAGGGCUGGGAGAUCUUCGCUCCCAGCCCAUCAAGCUCUCGGGGAGGGGAACGCCACAGGGUUCCGUCCUUUCGCCGACUCUCUUUAAUAUAGCCAUUUCAAGUCUCCCGACCCUGCUGGGGGCCAUCCCUAACGUCAGGCAUGCUCUGUAUGCAGACGACAUCACCAUCUGGACAAGCAAGGGUUCGGAUGGUGAGAUACAGGACGGACUUCAGGAGGCGGUCGAAAUCACUCAAAAGGUUGCAGAAGCAGCAGGACUAACUUGCGCCGCCGACAAGUCUGAGCUUCUACUCAUUAGAAGCAAACCUUGCACUAAAGCAGAUGAAAUUUGUUUAAAUCUAAAUGGAGAGAAGAUACCCACAGUCGACAGACUCAGAGUACUCGGCCUACAUAUUCAGUCCAACGGCAAGGCAUCCUUCACCGUGCAAAUGCUUCGCAGGCAAUGCCAGCAGAUUGCCCACCUCAUACGAAGGGUGGGCAAUGGACGUGGCGGGCUUAAAGAAGCCGACACCGUGAGAAUUGUCCAGGCUCUUCUAGUAAGUAGAGUUGUCUACCAUUGUCCUUUCCAUAACUUUAAACGCAGAGAGAUAGACACUCUCAAUACGAUCCUCCGAACUGCUAUAAAAACGGCGGUUGGAUUGCCUCAGCAUACAUCCACGCAGCGCCUUCUUCGACUUGGUAUUCACAAUACUAUAGAAGAACUGAUUGAGGCUCAGGCUGUUGGACAGCGUACAAGACUCAGCUACACACAGCCUGGAAGAAAUCUCUUAGCCAGGCUCGGCUACAAACCACUUAAUAAAGAACAGGGCUGUAUGCGGCUAAAAUCUGUCCCACCGAGCAUUGCGGCUAAAAUACGAGUUUUGCCCCUACCAAAGAACAUGCAUCCCACUCUUAAUGCAGGUAGACGCCUCGCUCGUACCCGCUACCUAAGGCUCAAGUAUCAAAACGACCCAGACGUCUGUUACACUGACGCUGGGGAGUACACUUCCCCACGUGAGGCAAAAUGCAUAGUCGUCUGCGACUCGCUUGGACGAGGUGAAGCGAUAGCGUCUCUCGCCGCUCCCACAUCGAUCGCGGAGGCCGAAGAAGCGGCAAUAGCAUUAGCCGUAGCACGGAUUUCGCGUAAAACUGAAAACACAGACAAGACCUGUACCAUAAUCACUGAUUCACAGCCAGCGUGCAGGGCGUUCGCGCGAUGCGUCGUCUCACAACGAAGUGGACACAUUCUAAACACAGUUAAUCAAAGCUCACUACCCGCAAUCCAGAUAGUCUGGACUCCUGGACAUACCUCCCUCUCUGGCAACGAGAGUGCGGAUGCACUCGCCCGAGAAAUAGCCGGCCGGGCGUUGCAUGGGGAAGGGGAGGCACCGGAGAAUCACAACAUGACCACCUCGGACUUACGCACAGAGCCAACACCGCUACACACGUACAAUCAAAUCACGGCAUUUUACAGAUCACAGCGUAGAACACUACCCCCUCCGCACAGGGACCUAUCUAGGCAGGAAGGGAUUGAGUGGCGACAGAUACAAACACACACUUUCCCAAAUUUGUACCACAAGCAUCUAUUUUUCCUAACAGAUACCGGGGCACCUGCCCCGGCUGCCAAUCCCCCGAACCUUCCCUUUUCCACUCUACCUGGGCCUGCCCCUCUCCACCGGGGCAAGGCAUCCUUCCCAUCCCUGACCCAUCCUUUACCUCCUGGGAGGCUGCGCUGUCUAGCGCAAAGCCCGAGGACCAGCGAAUGCUGAUCUCUCGGGCUAAGCGGAUAGCAGAGGCCAACGGGGCCCUGGACUAGGGGCUCCCGACCAGAGAGAAAACACUCCUGCCUUUUCCCUGAAUAAAGUUUUUCCUCCUCCUCCUC